AUGGGAGCCAAAAGUUCGAAGGCGAAAGUAAAGGUGGAACACCGGCGAAGAAAGUCGGCGACAAUAAGUGGCACGCCAAUGAGGCGUCGGCCAUCCGACCGGCUCGAGCAUGUGAAACCUGUCGGUGAUCUCCCGGUGACAGGAGGUGAUCAAAUUGUGCGGAGGUGCUUCACAUCGACCGCGGUAUUCGUCGUCCUAACGUUGUUAGGCAAAUUCGACGGAAGCGCGGCCGAGCGAUGGUCACGACAAGUCUCUAACAGCGAGUGGAUUCCCCUGGCUAAUCCGGGAACCGCGUCCGCUCAACUGCCGCGGGGCAAUGCGGAAAAUGGGCUUCUAUCUAGCAGCACGCAUAUACCGAAUCCAAUUCAAACCCUCGCGUUACCGCCCGCCCUUCAGCAACAGUAUCAAAACCAACUACUUCAGCUGCAGAAGACGCAAGAGAGCAUUCAAAAGCUUCUCUUGCUGCAGCAGCAACUUAAAGCUCAGCAACAACUUCUUCAGACUCAGACGUUACUGCCCGGCGAUUACAGUAGCGCCGAAGAUGAGAAACAAGCACUACCACCGAGUGCCGUAGGCAACUUGCAACCCGAAAUAGCGUCGGAAGCUCUGGUACCGCCGCAGCCACCCUCGGGAGCACUUCCGCCAGUGCGACCCCCUCAAAACUUCCUGUCCCAAAGACCGGGACAAGCCUAUCAGAAUCAGGAACUGACGAACUUGCCUGUUCAGGGUCAAGCUGUACUGCAACACGGCGGGAAUGUAGAAGACGUGCAAGAAAUACCGCACGCUUACGUAACGAAACAAGAAAGUCACAGACCCGACGGGAAACGUCUGAAAGGACAACCAAAUCCAGGAUUACCACAAUCCUCUCUGAUUGGAAGCGAUGAGGAGGAGGUUCAACUAGUAUAUGUCCCGGCGGAAACAUUGGCGCAAAGAGGUCAACCGAAAAGAAUUCGCGGAAGGAAGCAAUAUCCCGUUCGCCCACAGCAUCAGCACCGAGAGAACCAAGGAAUUGACCAAACCUCUCUUCUGCCUGAACAAGAAGUCUUAACGCGGCAAGUGCUACAGCAAAUCCAGAAGGAACACGAAGAGAAGGCGCAAUUUCUAAAGGAGGAACGCAUGAGAGAAUUCCACAGAUUGAAUGAGGAGCAGAAAGCGCUAGAGCGGAAGACGCGAUUGCAACAAGAGGCUCUUCAGAGAGAACAAGAACUGUUGCGACAAAAGGAGGCUGAGAAGAAACGAAAAGAAUUGGAGAGGCUGGAGGAAAUGGCGAGGCAACGAGAGCUGGAUCGAAUUCGCGAGGCUAGAGAAAAACAGAGACAGGAAGAGCUCGAACGACGACGGCUUUCCGAACUUCGCGUCAAGGAGGAGAGACGUCGCGAGGAAGAAGCGAGACAACGCGAGGAGAUGCAGAAGGAGCUGGAACAACAGAGAAUCCUGGAAGGUCAACAGGAGAAUCAAUUACAGGCUACCAAUCCAAACAUCCAAAAUCCUCAGUCUCAAGCUCUGAUCCGCGAACAGGCGCGUCGCCAGCAGCUCUCGGACGGCACCAGGAUCAAAAAGAUUCGCGGCAGACAACGUCCACGGAUCAACCAGUACCAGGAACAGUCGACUUACCGCGAGGUCACUACCACGCCGUCGCCUAAUCAGCCGCCCCUCUCCGUUUACAUGGGCAGUUCCUCGUCCAGAUUGGAUGCCCCCGUCAGGGUUACCGAUGUCUUGAAGAUCUUAAAAAACGCAAAAACCAUCGCUGUUCUGGAUAACGUCAGUCCGAACAGUCCGCAGGUAUUCGUGGGCCCGUCAAACCUGGACCCUCCCUACGGUUACGCGAAGUUCGAUCUUCCCUACCUGUCGUCGCUCGACCACAACAGGGUGGAACGCAAAGUCGACAAAUUGCCUUUCUUCGUUGCACCGCUGAGCUUCAAUCCGCCCCCGGGUUACUCUAAAAUCCCAUUCCCGGCGCCGCAUAUCGGUUCCGUCGUUAUCAACAACCUGUCGGAAACAUCCUCGGAACCGGACACCCCAACGGACGAACAGAAUCCCAGCCCGACGCCAUUGAUCGAGCCAAACUCUUACAGCGACACUGAUCAAAGCGGAUCCAUCGCUACCACCGCGUCCUACGAUUCCUCAAGCACUCAAAACUUCUCCCCGGAAUCCAACAGCCAUAAAUACGAGCCCACUUACUCAACGCCAUCAAACUCGAAGUUCAGAUUCAGGCAGUAUUACGACAAUAAGCCGAGCACCGUGGUUGGCACGUCGUAUUACGACGAACAAUCGACCGCGAAGUCGAAGCCAAAACAUUACUACGAGCAAGAGAAAUUAACAACUCAGCCUCCGAAACUUGAAACGACAAUUAGCUAUAGACAGGAAGUGACCUAUUCUAGCACCCCGCAUUUCCAGGACAGAUCGGUAAGUCCGCGUGAUCCCUCCGCGAAGGAGCAGGAUCUGGCGGCUCAAUUGGCGCUCAUCAAUCAAGAACUUGUCCACCAACGGGAGCCCCAGAAAUAUAACACCGCCGAACACUAUCAUUCUCAGUCUAAUCUGGGUGAGUCGUACGACGUGAAUGACGUCAGAGCGCCAGUUGGCCCGGCACAAUACAAUUUACCAGCGGAAUUACCGCCGAUCUCCCCGCACUUGCCGGGCUUAAUAAAUUCCUUGUUGGAUAAGCAAGAGGUGAAUCCUCCUGUCGCUUCAACGCCACCGCCGGCAACGACCACGACCACGACCACGACACCAACGACGACAACGACUACACGUAUAAGCUCCACGACUUAUAGGACACGAGGAAGAGGCAGAACUAUACCUACAAGACCCAGAACGACUCAGGCGCCUGGUAACAGAACGGAAAGAACCCGAAGGCCAACGUACAAUCGAUCCAAAUCUAGAUUUACGACCACAACGGAGGAUUAUCACGACUCCUCUUACGAACCAACGAAGGCGAAGACGCCGGAGACCACGCAGAAAUAUAACGCGCUAGAACACAGAAGACCAACGUCUAGAACGCACAAGUAUAGGAAUCGAGAUAGAGCGAGUUCCCUGGCUACGGACCAAAGUAACAACGUUCAAGCUAACUACGAGAACUAUCCGCAGAGUGAUUCGCAAAGCAAUGCGUCCCCCGAUGCGUAUUCGUCGCCGAGCGGAUCCGCUUCUGGUCUCUAUCAGAAGGAAACCCCCUUGUCAGGGACGAGCAAUUACCCGGAGAACUAUCCUACCGCCACCACGCAGACCGAGAAUUAUCCGCCGUCGUUGCGCGAGAUCCAGCACAGCACGCCCGUGGUGUCCGACGAUUACUCCAGGCGGCAGAAUUACCCGCAAAACCGCCCUCAAGAAGCGCACUACCAACAGGACGCGACGUACAUUCAGAACGACGGCUUCCAACAGCCGGGACUCGAGAAAACUCCGGUAAACGGAUUCAAUUAUCAACUUGCAAACGAGAACGCACCAGAUCAAACGAUCCCCCAGAGAUCCAAGGAAUAUCCGCACUACCAGGAGGACGCAAACUACCAUCUGGCCACGACGGUGGACUCGCGAGUCACGCCCGGCGAGGAGAACCGGUAUUCCCCGAUUUACGAGGUCAACGUGCCGCAAGCUCAGCCGGAUUACAAUGCCGGCGGACAGAAUUCAUUCGACAAGAUCGAGAACGCCGCUAUAGAGACCGAUCCGAAUGCGUCGCCGAUUUUCGUUCCGCUUCAACAGAACAAGCAGGAAGAUUACGAAUUGCCCUCCUCGGAGCCGCUUAUCGAAAUGACCACGACUAGCACGACCACUCCGGCGCCCGUAAUAAUACGCCAGCGAGUUCGUGCUCGUCUAGGCGGUCGAUCUCAGCAGGACUCCGCGAUUCAAACGCGACCGCGCGGCUCUCAGGACGAGUACGUGCGUUUCAGCGCUGUGAACAACGAUUCCGGCCGCGGCGCCGGUCAACGGCACCGCGACGGAUCGAGGACGAGGACACGCGCGCGUCCGCAAAGUCACGGGUCGCAGGUGCAAACUGAGGGUAACGAGUACAUAAAGAUACACGCGGCUCAGCAGAGGCUGGCCGCCACCACCGUGCCGCCGACGACGACGACAACCACGACCGCUCGCACGGUCGAGGAGGAGGACGUCGAUUACGGAUUCAUAAGGCCGCCGAACUUCCGGCCGGUGCAGCCGGUGCAUCCGGUGGACACCAGAUUCCAAGCGCCCGUCACGUACAGACCCGCUUUGUCCGAGGUACGUUCCCGCGACAUGCACAUCUUCUCCAAUGACGAUACGGCGGUGGAGACGGGUCCAAGUCACACCUUGAAAAAUCGUCCGAGAUAUCAAACCUCGAACCGUCGACCGACUACAAAGACGUUCACGACAACGACGACGAGCACGACGACGGAAAGCGUGCCCGUUGCGACGACGAUGCCGGACGACGCCGCGUACAGUGUGAGACCGAAAACAAGGCCGGAUGAGUCGAGGUCGACGAGAGUACGAGGAAGAGUCCGGCGACCGGGGAAAAAGCGCAUCACGACGACUACGGAAUCCGGGCUCGAUGCAAACAACGAAUUGCCGCUGGACGAAAACUACCCCCGAGUAACACCGCAACAGCUACCGACGACGGCGAGUGGACAACAGCCUCUAUAUGACGACAAUUUCGACGUCCCGCCGCAAUUCGUGCCGAAUCAGAAUCGACCGACACAGUUUUACGAGGAGAAUAGCGAAAACUACCCGUCUCAGGAAUUUCUUCUAAACUUCGGCAAUCUGCCGGAGCAGGUGCCGCUACGCGAGGAAUACGAUCAGGCCCAGCUGGCUAGUGUCCCGUCGAAGAAGUACAGCCACUCGAGUCGCGGGGGCUCGAGCGCGCACUCCAACGCCGGUGACAUUUACGGCGCCGAGAGCCAGUGGUCCACGAAGCUGUCGAAAACGUCGUUCCAACCGAGCUUCGCCGAGAAUCACGUGCCCGACGAAGCGAAGAGCGGCCGGGGCAGAGCCGACGGCGAUCGGGAGAACGAAGACGCGCCCGAGAUUAUUACGGCCGGGCCAGAGGUGUCGUCGGUGACAAUGGUCGUCUCCUCGGACUAUCAGAAACAGCCGAGCGACCCCGACGACACGGACACUACGAUGGAUGGUUUCGGAUGGAGGACGAACGCGCAGGAUCACACGGAGGAGAUGAACGUCACGACGGCAGUGACGAAUUCGCCGACGACGGUGCUUCAGGCCCAGGCCGAUAAGGAAACGUUGCCAGAAUCGCGACCGAGCGGCAGCAACGAGAACCUCAGGGAGCAGAUGGACGACGGCGCCAGGGUGACGAAACCUGACUCUCCUAGCGGUAGAAAGACCCGAAGGAGGAAAGUCCGCGUGCGGGUGAGACCGCUCGUGAACAGCAGUAGGCCCGCGGCGGACGACUUCGUCACCGCCGAAUCUCAACACUACAAUUCUGCGGUGAACAGCCUGGUUCAAGAUCAAUACAAGUACAAUCCGAUUCGCGAGUCGAGGUUCACCACCGUUCGGCCGAUUGUGACGACCGUCACCGCAAGCACCGCGGCGGCCGCGGAGCCGACCAAGAAAUCGUUCCUCCAAGAUUUCCUGGAGGAGAUGCUGAAGAACGACGCGAUCUCGAUCCCGACUCGCGUCACCUCGGUCACCACCGAGCUGCCCGACGGGACGAUAUCGACACCCGUAACGACGCCGAUGACGACGCUGUAUGGUUUUUCCAACGACGGCGAAGUCACAACCUUGAAGGAGAACAACGCGGCGAUCGAUACGACGCUGAUGCCGAAAUUAACCGAGGUACGCGCCACGACGGCAAACGAAAAUUCAAGCGGAUCGAAAGACGAGGCGACAUCGCCCGAGGGAACAAUAUCUCGUUUGCCGCAGGAAGAAACUGAAGCGCAACAGGAAGCUAAGCCGGAGGAUUACUGGAAUAAGAAGGAGAACUCUCAGGAGGACAAGAGCGAGCAGAACGACUUGGAGAACGUCGAGGUGUUUAAUCAGAGAUACAAGCUGCCAUCGAAUUAUGACAAAUCGGGAAUCCCGAAGAAAGACGAGGACAGCACAACAAAACUGAGUGCCAUCGGUGCCAAGGAUAAAGAACACGUGAUGACGUUAAAGAGGCAGGAAAACAAUGAAGAAAACGAGGCGCAUCCGAAGAAUCACAAGACCCAGUGGAGCGAGGUGAAAUACCCGCUGACCUUCGAUAAGCCGCAAACUACAUCGAAUUCGUAUUCCACCACCCUUAUCCCCGGCAUAGUUACGCAAGACAAGGGCGACGGCAACGUGAAAACGCUCUCGGACUACGUGAAGGCCAUCUUCGACAGCAUGAAAAACGCCGAGGGCGAGGGCGAGGUGGAGAUCGCGAAAGUGAUCGAGGCUAAAAGUGCGACAGAUAAUUAUAACUUGAAUGAUACCGCUACGGCGCACGCGGCAGGCGCGAAGGAAAGUGAAGAGAUCGAUCGAAGUGCCGGCACGGCCGGCUCGCCGCAGGACAUUUCCGCGACUCGACGUGCUGAGGUUGAUGAGAACGGGACGAGGACGCAGGAAGCAACGACGAGGGAGAGCGCCACCGCUUUCGAAGCGACCACGCUGAUCCCGGACACGACCGCGACCACGUCGGCGAUACCGUCCGAGAGUACCCUAGGGGUAACAGAGCCCUCCACGACGACCACGAAGACGUCGAUCGGAGAAGCGAGCAAUGUGUUCAGAAUGAACUCCACGAUGUUGGGCAAGGUCCUGAGAACCUCGACCACCACGAAGGUGUCCCACAUGACAGAGAUUUGCUACAGGGGCCGAUGCGUGAUGACCAGGCCCAAGAUGGACGACGAAGUUAUGACGAGAUGAGGGAAAUUCGGCGAUUCGGGAUUGCGAGAUUAUCCUUAGCACCUUUCUGUCCGGUUACCAAAAAAAAAAAUCAACUGAUAAUGCGGCAACGAUAGAUACCCAAUAAAGAAUUCUCCGAGAUUUCUUUAUUAAGUGUCUGCCAUUGCUGAGAAAAAAAUCAACUAAAAAUAUCGGGUAACUUAGCAAUAUAUUUAUAUCAAUAUUUUAUAUAUGCUUAUGUUACGUAAUUUUUAAUGGAAAAGUUUCCAAAGCUAUUACACAACUAGUGAUAAGAAGUAAUUGAAGCAGGACAGAAAAGUGUUAAACCCCCUUUUGCACUUUUUGCAUAAUUUCUAUUUAUUGAUAGAGGUAUAUCGUGCUAACGAAUCGAAUCUCCAAAAGGUCAUGUUCGUCAAUAUCCGAAACUACAAUUAUGUUUCCAUAUAUUCCCAGAUUAAACCCUCUCUUUGUACUCGGAAUUCUCUUAAUUACAUAUCAAUUCAUAAACAAAAGGUUAUUAUAUUUCACAUCACAAAAAUUAAUUAAUGUUGGACCUAAAAUGUCAGCCGAAAUUACGGCGUAGGAGCAGAAUUAGUGAAUAAUCGCCAGGCUCGCACAUAAACAUGUAAGGAAUGAUCAAUAUUCCGUCCAAACACUUUCAUUUAGAGAAGAUAUUUUGUCGCUGGGAGAUACGGUAUCGCUCAAGAUGUCGCGGCAAAUUACGUAUGUUGGAGGGUUAAAAGCAAAAUACCAACGUGAUAUCAACCGUGAAAAGGGACAUCCCUUCUGGAAAGGAAAUUCUAUGCCGACGGCAAAAUCGAUCGUUCGUCGCGACGCGUACUCAUAAAAAGGGCGCCGAGCUUGUGGCGGUGUCUCCUUCCAGCGAGAUCGAAGUGAGAUCGAAGCGUAAGCUCGACUUGCGCGACUAACGUGUUAAGUCUAUUUAAUUUAACUACAUACCGGUGUAGUAUACGUGUAAGUUAAGCGUGUAAGUAUUUUAAUAAAGACGCGAAAACGUAAAAAAAAAUAAAAA